UUUCGAAACUGUCACCAGAGGCGCGAGACAACUUUCGAAGCGCAUGUGUUUUAAUAUUUUUUGGGAAGUCUUGGCAUUUCGCGUUACCUGUGAGUGUUGCAAAUGGUGGACGGGCUGUCAUCAUCGAUACGUUAACAUCAGGUGAAAAAUGUAUAAAGCAAGGACCGUAUUUAGUGCACUAACCCCGUUGGCCCCACGCGUCUGUGGGGCCGAAAGGUUCGCUUCGUGGCUCGUGAGGAGUCACCCGUUGGCGAGGACGAGUCAGGUCGUGAUUCCGGAAUCAGGACGCAGAUAUAGCAGCAGUCGAGUGGCGACCGAACCAUUUCUAAAUGGCUCCAGCAGCUCCUAUGUUGAGGAAAUGUACAAUGCCUGGCUCCAGGAUCCAUCCAGCGUUCAUGUCUCCUGGGACUCGUUCUUCCGAAACAGUACAGCAGGAGCUGCCCCAGGUAUGGCCUAUCAAGCGCCACCCUCACUCGCUCCCAGCUACAACCAAAUUCCCCUCGGUUCACUCUUACCCCUCGGCGGUGGAUCUCAAAUUGGACAAGUUCCCGUCAAUGAAAAAAUCAUCGACGAUCAUUUGGCGGUUCAAGCCAUUAUUCGAUCCUACCAGAUUCGUGGUCAUCAUAUCGCAAAGUUGGACCCACUUGGCAUCAACAGUGCUGAUCUUGAUGAUAGACAUCCUCAAGAGUUGCUCUAUAAUUAUUACUCAUUCGGAAAGAAUCCGCGGACCACUUACGCUCAAGAUCUACGAAAUCGUGUAGCGGCACUUAUGAAAAAGGAAUCGGACAUGGACAGAGUUUUCAAAUUGCCCUCAACGACUUUCAUUGGCGGUAAGGACAAAUCUCUUCCACUUCGUGAAAUUUUGAAGCGACUCGAGUCCACCUAUUGCGGACAUAUUGGCGUGGAAUUUAUGUUCAUCAAUUCCCUCGAGCAAUGUAAUUGGAUUCGGCAAAAAAUGGAGACUCCGGGAGUUAUGGAAAUCACCAACGACGAGAAGCGACUUAUUCUUGCGAGAUUGACCCGAGCUACUGGAUUUGAGGCGUUCCUUGCGAAGAAAUGGACCUCAGAGAAGAGAUUCGGUCUCGAAGGCUGUGAAAUUUUGAUCCCGGCAAUGAAGCAAGUUAUUGAUAAAUCCACCGAAUUGGGUGUCGAAUCGAUCGUCAUGGGAAUGCCCCACAGAGGACGACUCAACGUUUUGGCGAAUGUUUGCCGAAAGCCGCUUAGCCAAAUAUUCACUCAGUUCGCUGCGCUUGAAGCCGCGGACGAUGGUUCCGGCGAUGUGAAGUACCAUUUGGGAACGUACAUCGAGCGUUUGAAUCGCGUGACGAAUAAAAAUAUCCGCUUGGCGGUGGUUGCGAAUCCCUCGCAUCUCGAGGCUGUCGAUCCCAUUGUUCAGGGAAAAACAAGGGCUGAGCAGUUUUACCGCGGAGAUGGCGAGGGCAAGAAGGUGAUGUCGGUGCUGUUGCACGGCGACGCGGCUUUCUGCGGUCAGGGCAUUGUCUUCGAGACGAUGCACUUGUCAGAUUUGCCCGAUUACACCACUCACGGCACGAUUCACAUCGUCGCUAAUAAUCAAAUUGGAUUCACCACCGAUCCACGACAUUCACGAUCCUCACCAUACUGCACAGACGUGGCGAGAGUGGUGAACGCGCCCAUCUUCCACGUGAAUUCCGACGACCCGGAGGCAGUGAUGCACGUGUGCAAAAUGGCGGCCGAGUGGCGCGCGACCUUCCACAAGGACGUGGUGAUCGACAUCGUCUCGUACCGUCGCAACGGCCACAACGAGGCCGACGAGCCAAUGUUCACCCAGCCGCUCAUGUACCGCAAAAUUAAAAACACACCCCGCGUCCUCGACAAAUACUCCAAUCAGCUGGUGCAAGAGGGCGUCGUCACCACCGAGGAGGUCAAGGACGUCAAGGACAAGUACGAGAAGAUCUGCGAGGAGGCCUACGGCAACGCCAAGCAGGAGACGCACAUCAAGUACAAGGACUGGCUCGACUCCCCGUGGUCGGGCUUCUUCGAGGGCAAGGACCCGUUGAAGAUGUCGCCCACCGGCGUCAAGGAGGACACUCUCGUUCACAUCGGCAAGAAGUUCUCGUCCGCGCCACCGAAUGCGGCCGAAUUUGUCGUUCACAAGGGAAUUGAGAGAAUUUUGCGCGGACGAUUGGAGAUGGUCGAGUCGAGGACUGUGGACUGGGCUUUGGGCGAGGCGAUGGCUUUUGGAUCGCUGCUGAAGGAGGGAAUUCACGUGAGAUUGUCGGGUCAGGAUGUGGAGAGAGGAACGUUCUCGCAUAGACAUCACGUUCUUCAUCAUCAGACGGUGGAUAAGGCGACGUAUCGUCCUCUUUGCUAUUUGUAUCCUGAUCAGGCUCCGUACACAGUGUGCAAUAGUUCGUUGUCCGAGUAUGGAGUUCUUGGUUUCGAAUUGGGUUACUCGAUGACGAAUCCAAACGCUCUUGUCAUUUGGGAAGCACAGUUUGGAGAUUUCAACAACACUGCGCAGUGUAUUAUUGAUCAAUUCAUCAGCAGUGGACAGGCCAAAUGGGUCCGACAAUCAGGACUCGUUAUGCUUCAACCACACGGUCUCGAAGGCCAGGGCCCAGAACACUCGAGCGCACGUCUCGAACGCUUCCUGCAAAUGUCGGCCGACGAUCCGGACUAUUUCCCGCCGGAGAGUGAGGAAUUCGCAGUGCGUCAACUUCACGACAUCAACUGGAUUGUCGCGAAUUGCACGACACCGGCCAAUCUCUUUCACAUCCUCCGUCGGCAAAUCGCCCUGCCAUUCCGCAAGCCACUCAUCAUCAUGACGCCAAAGUCACUCCUGAGACAUCCCGAGGCGCGCUCCAGCUUCGACCUCAUGACGGAGAACACGCAAUUCCUCCGCAUCAUUCCCGAGGAGGGUGCGGCCGCCAAUUGUCCGAGCGCCGUCAAGAGAGUCAUCUUCUGCUCCGGCAAAGUUUACUACGACUUGAAAAAGUCGAGGAGCGAACGUGGACUCGAUGACAAAGUCGCUAUCGCGCGUGUUGAACAGAUUUCGCCGUUCCCUUACGACUUAGUGAAGAAGGAGGCUGAGAAAUAUUCAUCGGCGGAACUUAUUUGGUGUCAGGAGGAGCAUAAAAAUCAAGGAGCUUGGAAUUACGUUCAACCGAGAUUUAAUACCGCUCUCAAUGGAACGCGAUCGUCUUCUAAUGAAGAUUCAAAAAGCGACGGAUGGUUUAGUUCAUUGUUCUCGUCCUCGAAGGCAGAGGACAAGAAACCAACUCACGAUUCACAAGCUGAGGAAUCGACAAAACCCAGCGAAAGAAUCACGAGAUACGUUGGACGUCCAACAGCAGCAUCGCCAGCAACCGGAAGUAAAGCCCAACAUACGAAAGAAUUGAAACAAUUGCUCGACGAUGCGUUUGCUAUAUAAUUAUAAACAAAUUCUUUCCCUCCCCUCCCCCCUCCUUCUCCCCUAGAAACGGUAGUAAAGUUUAUUUAUUCAUCGAAAUAUUAAUAUUUGUUAUUUAAAGAAAAACAGAAAAAUUCUGUGAACUUGUAUUGAAAGGAAAAAAAUUGAGAGAGAGAGAAAGCGAGAGAGAAACUGAGCGAGCGAGAGGAAAAAAAACCAUCGUUGGAAUCAAAGAAAAUUUCCUUUUAGUGCCCUGGCAUUAGUACCGUGUGUAAGAUUAUUUAAUUUUUACGAAAAGUACAAUUUUCUCUUUUUUAAUUAGCCCCCCCCUCCCCCUCACCCCCUUCUCUCACACUUUAGAAUUUUAUCUUUAAAACAAAACAAAAAAACUGUCUCUGAAUUAUUGCUGGAUCCAAAGAAAAUAAACUAAUUUUUCAUUAUUAUAUUUUUUAAUUAAUUUUCUCAAAAAAAAAAAAAUAAAAAUACUCAAAAGAAAAAAUUUGCUAGUGAAAAAUCGAGUAUUUUCAAAAUAUAAAGAAAUUGGAACAUUUCGAAUUAAUAAUUGUUUUUUUAAAUAGUUUAUCAAAAAGAAAAAAUUGUUUUUAUAUAAAAAAAGAAAAAAUGUAAAUUUUGCAAGCAAAUUAAUUUUAAGCUACUAAUCAAACUAACAUUAUUUAAGGUGAAUUAAGAUAAAAUAAUAUUUAAUAAAAAAAAACUAAAAAAAAACUAUAAAAAUAAUUCAGAGGAAGUGAAUUGAGAAAUGGAAAAAUUGUACUCUUCUAACGUGAGAAAAAAAAACUCAA